GCUGAUAUCAAAACAUGCGCCUUGGCCGUCUACAGAAAGCACAAUGUAGCUGUUAUAGUAUCUUCGGGACAGUCACCGUCACAGAGGUCAUUAAAAACCACCGCAGCAGUGAUUGAGAGCGGAGCGGGAGAGUCACCGAGCCUCGGGAGCAGCUUCGUGAUAGAUGCCCGGUAUUAACUGAUAGAAGUUCGGGAAGCAUCAAGCGAAGCAGCCGAAGCAGGAACAACAAGCAGAUGGAUCUGGAAGAGUCGCGCUGAUCAGACUCGAGCUCUUUAUCAUUCGGUUAAAAGUCUCGAGGAUGAGCGUCCGGUGGCUCUCGGGUCUGCAGUGAUGCAGUGAGGAUGGGAGCUGUUGUGGAGAGUCAGGCAGGCGUGGGCGGUUGAGUUGGCGUUGAGUACAGGAAGAAUGCACUUAUCCCAUGUUGGCACCAACAAAAUCUGCUUCCUGCUUUCCCUGGCGUUCUGUGCCCUGCUGGUGCUGCUUAUUCCCUCCUUACAACCUCUGAAGCGUCAGAAGGAUCUGCCCCAACCCCGGCCCCAUACCAAGCCCGCCGGAGCCGGACGCAGACAUGACCUCUACGGGAACCCCGGCCAAGGACGCGAUGAUGCCAAGGAUGGUAGUUUCAUUCACCCACUUCCUCCUAGAGGCCGACCCGAGGACCCACAGAGGAUGUUAGAGGGAGACUCUGCACACGCCAGAUCCCCUGGGUCCCGUUCCAAAGACUCUUUGGAUUUGAGAGACAUUUUUAUUGCUGUUAAGACCACCAGGAAAUAUCACAAGUCCAGAUUGCAGCUCCUGUCCCAGACCUGGGUGUCCAAAGCCAAGGAACAGACGUUUAUCUUCACUGAUAGCGAGGACAAGGAGCUCAGACAGAAAGCAGGGCUGAACAUCAUCAACACCAACUGCUCCGCGGCUCACACGCGCCAAGCCCUGUGCUGCAAGAUGUCUGUGGAGUAUGACAAGUUCAUCGAGUCACAGAAAAAGUGGUUCUGUCACGUGGAUGAUGAUAACUACGUGAUCCUGCCAAGUUUGCUGGAGCUGCUGUCGUCCUACUCUCACACACAGGACGUGUAUCUGGGCAGACCCAGUCUGGACCAUCCCAUAGAGGCCGCUGAGAGGGUCAAGAGCGACGGAUCGGUAUCAGUGAAGUUCUGGUUUGCCACUGGAGGUGCUGGAUUCUGCAUCAGCCGAGGCUUAGCUCUCAAAAUGAGUCCAUGGGCAAGUCUUGGAAACUUCAUUACAACUGCAGAGAAGAUCCGCCUUCCGGACGACUGUACUGUAGGUUACAUCAUCGAGGCUUUGCUGGAAGUCCCACUGACACACACAGGCCUGUUCCACUCACACCUGGAGAAUCUGCAGAGACUCCCAACAGACAACAUACUCCAACAGGUGACCCUCAGUUAUGGUGGAUUCGAGAACAGGAGGAACGUGGUCAGUGUUGGAGGAGCAUUCUCAUUGGCUGAAGACCCUACACGGUUUAAAACGGUUCACUGCCUACUCUACCCAGACACAGAAUGGUGCCCACGCAAGACUCGCCACUGACGAAUGCCUCAUCACGGAGCAGAGGCCUUUCCAUAAAUCUCUUCAUACCAAAAUAACACUCAGAGUAACUGAGCUGGUUCGCAGCAUGUAAAGGCAGUUAAAGGAACAGGGAGUAAAAAGUUAAGGAAAGCAAUAAGGAAUCCAAAAAUGAAAAUUUGUUGAAAAUCUGUUCACCUACAAGCCAUCUAAGAUGUAAAUGAGUUUGUUUCUUCAUCAGAUUUGGAGAUAAAUGUAGCAUUGCAUCAGUGUCCCAGCAAUGGAUGCUCUGCAGUGAAUGGGUGCCGCCAGAAUGAGAGUCCAAACAGCUGAUUAAAAACAUCAUAAUAAUCCACAUGACAAAUAAAUUUGGUUUGUAAACAGUGCUUGAUCUGUGCAUAUUUCUCAAACAAGAUGUCUUUUUCAUUGUAGAAAGCAAAAUUAUGGAGAGAGGACUCGUGUUUUGGCCAGAAUUAAUGGUUUGAAGUUAAAAAUGUCUUAAUGUUUUUGUUUUUCACAAACAUGCACCUUUUCACUUCAUUAGAUGAUAACUGAUGGACUGGAGUGGUGUGGAUUAUUGUGAUGUUUUAAUCCGCUGUUUGGACUCUCAUUCUGACGGCACCCAUCCACUGCAGAGGAUCCAUUGAUGCAAUGCCACGUUUCUCCAAAUCUGUUCAGAUGGAGGAAAAUGUUAAUUUUUUGAGUGAACUAUUCAUUCAACAAGUAGUUUUUGUUUGGUACUUUCUACAUUUUUAUGGUGAAACAGGGUGGCUGUAAUUUAUUAAACAUUUUUGUGUUGACAAGUGAUUUUCACAUAUUGAGUCCCUGCUGUGAGAGUGUUUUGACAGCAUUGCGCUGUCCCUUAGAUUUACUGGGGGAUUUUUCGUUGAAAUGAUUCGAGACACAUUUUUGUGGCUUUGACAUCAUCUUUAUAGUCCUCUUUUUCCUCUGGGUUGUAAAAAUGCCCACGCAAGCCUUUAAAUUUGUGUGCAAGAUGCCUGUGAGUAUGAGAAAAACAGUAUAGAUGCAGUUUUAUAGUAUUUUGUUUUCCAGAUUUCUGCAGCAGAGGUCAUCUACUGCCAGUGCUUUUCAGCUUGUGCUCUCCUCUGUUAAUGAUUUGUGGAUCCAGACUGCAGUUGCACUCAUUAUGUCUCCAGACUUUCUUGUUUGGAGUCGAGCAGUUGGAUAUAUAUAUAUACAGACCAAAAAGAAAUUGUUGUAAUCAGUCCAAGUUUUAAUCUUUUGUUCAGUCAUCAGCAUUGAAUUAUUUCCACUGAGUGUGGUGACUAGAAACAUGAUGUUUAAGUGUUGUGUUUAAUAAUAUGCUGUUCACACGAUCCUCCUGAUAUUUGCACAAACACGUUCCUCACUGCAGGCCAGUGGUUUGCGUAAACGUGCCAAAACUACACCGUGGUUUCUCUUUCCUUAACAGUGACAAACAUUUAGCUCUCGGUUGACAGUAACAAAUGCGGUUGCAGUGGACUCUUAUUUUUUUUUUUUUUUUUUUUAAUCUGAUGAAUUGAUUAUGAUGUGAAGUAUGAUUUUCAUUUUAAUAAAUGUAUUUAUUAUGCA